AUGUCGGCAACCCCGCCAUGCACCACCGACGAUGCAGGUACACCGAGAGCCGCCACCACCUCGGUCAGCGCCCUCCCCAACGAGCUGCUCGUCGCCGUCUUCUCCCACCUCGACGCCUCGUCCUCGCUGGAGCCGCGCUUCCGCGAUGACGCCUCGACGCUCAUGGACGCCUACUACGCCGCGCGCGGCCCUCACUGCCGCCGCCGCCACCACCACCACCCCUCUCGCGGGCACCCGCUCAAGUCGGCGUCGCUCGUGUGUCGUCGAUGGCGCGCCGCCGUGCUACCGCGGCUCUUUCGGCACGUGCUCUGGACGCUGCGCCGUCUGGAAGAGCCCUCGUCCUCGUCGUCGCCGAGCGUCCACGGGGAGGGGUUCGAGGUGCUGGCCUUUCUGCAGAGGCACGGCCUGCGCGGCGUGGAGAGCAUCAUGCUGCACGUGCCGUGCCCGGAGCAUCUGAUUGACGACCCGACGGAGCUCGUGGGGCGGUAUGGCCUGGUGCCGAGCACGGUGGUGCAGCAGCGCGAGGACGAGGGCGAGGAGGAUGCGGAGAGCGUGGUGCUGUCCGAGACGGCAAGCCUGGUCCUCGCCGAGGGCAACGGCCACGCCACAUGGGCCAACACCUGGUUCUGGGACAUGCUAUUUGCCGUCGUCGACCCCUUGCGCGUCAGCAUCCUCGCCGCGCCCGUCGUGCUCGCCACCAUGCUGAGCCGCAAAGUGUACACCCAGUGCCAGCCGCUCAUGAUGACGCGGUACCAUCUCCUCUCCGUCUCGCGCCCGGACCGCAGUCCGCCACCGCCAGAAGACGACGACGACGACGACUCGGAGGAGGAGGAAGAAGAUGAUGACGAUGCGUCGCCCCAAGACUCGACGGCGACGACACGGUCUCUUCUCGCCCCGCUGUGCGACAACCUCCCCUGCGAGCUCUUCGCCCGCCGCCGCCGCUGGACCGCGCUCCUCGCCAACGAGAGCUCCUCCGUCUCCAUCUACAAGUCGGACGCCUACGGCGCCGUCCCGCCCUCGCCACUCCUCAGCCUGCUCGCGUCGCGCGACCCCCGCACGCGGCGCUUCCUGCGACGCUCCCUGCGACGCCUUGCUUACAUCGCCGUCAUGCCCAUGGCGACGCACGUCCAGUCGGCGCUGCUCGUCGCGUGCCCCGCGCUGCGCCUCGAGGAGCUGUUCAUCCAAGUCAUGCCGCCCGGGGUCGACAUUGCCCACGACGGCCACGGGGCCUACGGCCGCUUCGAGGGCCUGGACAUGGAGGACCUCGUCAUGGAGCGCGACUCGGUGUACGGCCUGCUGUUUGCGUGCAUCUUCAUCCCCGGCCCGCAGCGCCAGUGGGAGGCGCUGCGCGUGUUUGAGACGGGCGACGCCGAGGGGGACGAGGUGGCGUGGGCCGAGGCCGUCGAGACGGUGCAGGCGAGCACCUCGUGGUGGGACGUCGAUAGGCGCGGGCGCUUCGUGAGGAAUCUGGCGAGGGAACAGGGCAGGCGGAGGAACAAGAACGCGGAUCUGCCGAUGCAGAGUUUGUCACCGCCGCCGCUGUAG